AAAGCUUCAAAUUUCCCCUUCCAUAAAUUUCCCCAAAAUCCCCACCACUUGCCACCAAAAUCAAAUUUUGAGAUCGAUUCCUUCCCCAAUUUUCAGUUGAAACAAUGUCUGGACGAGGUAAGGGAGGUAAGGGAUUGGGAAAAGGAGGAGCAAAGCGUCACAGGAAGGUUUUGAGAGAUAACAUUCAGGGCAUUACCAAGCCUGCAAUUCGUCGUUUGGCUCGUAGAGGUGGUGUGAAGCGUAUCAGUGGAUUGAUCUACGAGGAAACCAGAGGGGUUUUGAAGAUUUUCCUUGAGAAUGUGAUUCGUGAUGCUGUUACCUACACGGAGCACGCUAGGAGGAAGACGGUGACUGCCAUGGAUGUGGUUUAUGCUUUGAAAAGACAGGGAAGGACCUUGUAUGGUUUUGGAGGCUAGGUUGUAGGUUGAUUUUACGAAUGAUUGUAUAUCUGGGUUUUGGAUUUUAAGGUCAUUGAUGUUCAUGUUCUGCUAGAAAAACUUGGAAGUCAUUUACUGUUAUUGCAAUGAAAUUCUAGUUCGUCAUGUA